GUACCAUCUUGGUCCUUUCUGUUGCUGCGUCUCCGGCAUUUGAGGGCUAUUUACACCGCGAAACUGUCGGAUCGUGCUACAGAUGCGGGGGUAGCCUGACGACUGCUCAGGAACUGGUUACCUUGUCUUGCCAUUUUACCCUCAGCCUUUAUUCUCUUUCAAGGCCUAUUUCGGAUUCCGCUAUUGAUAAUUUUGUGGAUCGGCGGCAAUGUCCUCAACGACGGAAGUGUCUCUGCGUAUCAUUGACGUUGUCGACGACAGAGGGCAAUCCACUAUGAUGCCGGAUAGCAAUCUACCACCGACUAGGAACGUCGACAUUGCACCUUGGGAGGAGCCGCCUUCGCCGCCUGCAAAGCGGACCUUCGGAUUUUCGCACAAAUCUUCGUUUUCUUCCUUUCGGCAGGGGAGUAUUGGAAGCAUAUCGAAUCGCGUCAGUCGUCCAUCUGAAUCCCACAGCUUGCUCAGUAUACCAGACAGUGCCAGCACUAGCGCGAGCAUGCUCGACACCUCCCUCUUCACCCAGGCCCCUCAGCUUCGCAAAUCCAAGUCGUCAGUUUUUCGAAAUCUUAUUCGUCCGCAGCGGUCUAGGGGGGCUCUACGCUCAAGCUCAGAUGAAGCCGAACAUCCGUCCCUUCUUCCCCCGCCCGUCCCCAGUCCCCAGUCCUACUUCCUUACCACCGGUUCUUCUCCUCCCUCGCCCUCACCUAAACACGGUUUGAAGAAGAAGAGAAGGAAAAGGGACGUGCAGGAGACGUUGGAGGUUCCACCCACGCCACCACCAAAGGACGAUGAAUUGCGGUUGGACACCAACCUCGAGGAUCUCGAGGGCAUCGUCGAUCCUGCUUUAUGGGCCAAGAGCGACUCUCCAAAUUCUCCCAGUAGCGGCGGACAUUUCAACUUCAAUCAUUCACGUACCCAUUCGUCCGAUCACAGUACUCUGAGCUCCCAUGCCGGUCUACCGCCACUGUCCCAUUCCGACUUUCACAAUCCUUUCACGCCUCAGAAUUCAUCAUAUCCUCCACGUACCUCCUCAAUAGCAACCGCCAGGCAAAUGAACGGCGGUUUCAUCGAUCGUAGAGUGUCGCCCAAGACCAUUACGCCGCGUGCGAUACCCCCGCCUGUUAUUACCAGACCUCUUUCUCCGAAAGAAGAGGUGGACGAUUCCAAGCCUUCAUGGGUCGCACCCGAGAGCUGGGCUGUCCAACCAGAAGGCGAAGAUCCCGAAGAAGGAUAUUCUAGUGAGGAUAAUAGUGCUCAGCCAAUGCCAGAAGAUACAAUGACUUCAAAAACCUCCAUCUCCAUGGCGUCUAUGACUAGUAGCAAUGGUUCUGUUCAGAGUCGGAAAAAUAUCGACGACAGUCUUCCCGCGAGUUUGAAUCCGCAUAGGAAUCAGAAUCGGAUCGCCAAACAGACAUCAAAUGGAAUUCCCAAGUCUUUAGUUCACCCUGAACCGCAUAAAAACUACACAAUCCGUAUUUAUCGCGCCAACAACACCUAUCAUGUCGUACAGGUCGGCUUUCAAGUCACGGUUGCUGCGUUGACGCCAAAGCUCAACGCGAAGCUAUUAUUGGGUGCAGACAGAGAGACACAUCGAUUGUAUCUAAAGGAGCGAGGCAGAGAGCGUAUUCUGGCUCAACAGGAGCGACCGGCUGAAAUCGUGCAAAGGCGGCUGUCACAAGCUGGUUACGACAUGUCAGACGGGGUGGAGUUGCUUGGAGGGGGUGAAGGGCUUUCUUUCCUAUUAAGAUUUGUGUACAAGAGUCAAGUCCUUGGUCCAGCUGAAAAGGAUAUCAAUUUCGACAACUAUGAGUAUGUCGAUCUCACAUCACGCGGUUUACGCGCUAUUCCGGUCGACUUGCAUAAACACGCCGAUUCCAUUGUCUCCCUAUAUCUAUCACGCAAUCCCAUGCUGGAGAUUCCCCUUGAUUUUAUUCAGGACUGCACUACCCUCCGCGAAUUGCGGCUGUCGCAUAUGGCUAUGAAGAAAGUGCCUCAUAGUGUCAAAUCCAGCGUCACUCUUCAUCGGCUCGAUUUAUCCUGCAAUCGCAUCACUGACCUCGAUGAUGCAUUCCUGGAUAAUAUACCCGAUCUUCAAUAUCUUUAUGUGCAGAACAACCGUAUAGAGAAGCUGCCGUGGUCCUUCCCUCGUCUCCGAAACCUCACUACCCUGAAUAUCUCGAACAACCAGUUCGCUACAUUACCUAAAGUUGUGUGCGAUUUAAGCAAUUUGAAGGAUUUGGACAUCUCCUUCAACUCUAUUUCGGAAAUUCCGGACGAGCUUGGGAACUUGCGAAACUUGGAACGACUGAUUAUUGUCGGGAACCAAGUCUCCAAAGUGCCUCAUGACUUCUCCAAACUCGUCAGUCUGAAGCAGUUUGAUUGCCGAAGGAAUCAGGUAGCGGAUUUAACGGUGAUAUGCAUGUUACCCCGCCUGGAACGACUAAGUGCAGAUCAUAACUCUGUGCACUCACUAGAAGUGGCACUCGGGCCCCACCUCACCUCACUUGACGCCUCUCAUAAUGCCAUAACACAGUUUUCAUUGAUACCGGGUCCCAUCGGACAAUCUCCCUAUGCCUUGACAUCCCUUGAUGUUUCGUAUGCGAAGCUCUCUGUGCUCGACGAAACUGUGCUCGGUCAACUAACAUCACUUCGCUCACUCAAUCUCGACCACAAUUCAUUCCGAUACAUCCCAAACUCAUUAGGCGAACUGCAAUGGCUCGAAAUCCUUUCCUGCGCCGACAACUCUCUCGACUCUCUGCCAGAUUCCAUCGGGCGUUUGCAAAAACUGGAAACGCUGGAUGCUCAUAACAAUAGUCUAACAGAACUUCCUGCUUCGAUUUGGCAGUGCGCAUCGCUGUUGAAGAUCAACAUGACGUCGAACCUGCUUAAUAUCUGGCAUUAUCCAGCAAGUAUGAGCGUUGGUGCGAGAAGUUCAUCUGGAGAUAUAUCCAUUGUAACGGAGAGGAAAACAUCCACGACGUCAUUAACACACUGCACCAUGCCACCGCUGGCAUAUUCAUUGGAAAAGCUGUAUUUGGGAGAGAAUCAGUUCACCGAUGAAGUUCUACUUCCCUUGACGAUAUUUAGGGAGCUCCGGGUCCUAAAUCUCUCGUUCAAUGAGAUUCAAGAUCUACCUGCGACAUUUUUCCGGUAUCUUACGAAGCUGGAGGAGCUGUACCUAAGCGGAAAUAAGCUGACGACUAUUCCGACGGAGGAUCUUCCGAAGCUGACGAAGCUUUCCGUAUUGUUCUUGAACGGAAACAAACUACAGACACUGCCUCAGGAACUGGGGAAGAUCAAGUCGUUAAUGACCUUGGAUGUGGGAAGCAAUAUUUUGCGCUACAACAUCAACAAUUGGGAGUUCGAUUGGAAUUGGAAUUUUAACAAGAAUCUGAAGUAUCUCAAUCUCUCCGGGAACAAGAGGUUGCAGAUCAAGGCUGAUUCCAGAAUUCUUGCGAACCAUCGUUACAGUCGCGAUUUGAAUUCUAUCAGUCGACAAUCUUUGGCUGGUUUUACGGACCUGACGCAGCUUCGCGUCCUAGGACUCAUGGAUGUCACCAUCACCACCACCGGGUCAAACGCCAGCGUUGAUAUUCCCGAUGAGAAUGACGACCGUCGAGUCCGAACGUCGCUUUCCACUGUUAUGGGUAUGGGCUAUGGCAUUGCAGAUACUCUGGGAAAGAAUGAGCAUCUCAAUAUGCUUGACCUCGUUCAUGAGUUUCCGGGUCGCCCAGGAGAGUCGGUAUUCGCAAUGUUCGGACGAGCGCAGCCUCCAAAGGCGCUUGUAAGUGGUGCAAGCUCUAAUCGGCUAGCGAAGUAUUUGCAUGAUAGAUUCAUCGAAGUCUUCAUGACCCAGCUGAGUUCAUUGAAUGCCCAGCAUAGUGAAGGAGUCCCGGAUGCCUUGCGUCGUACAUUUCUCAAGCUCAACCAAGACCUGCAUGACUCCCUUUUCUCUUCGAAUAGGAAGCUGUCUGGGAGUUCUAGCCCCGGCAGCGUUUCUCAUUCACAUGAUGCCUUUCUGACGCGGAGUGGUGCAUCCGGAGUUGUACUGUACUUUGUUGGGAAGACGAUGUAUGUUGCGAAUGCAGGUAAUGCGCUGGCAGUGGUUUCCAGGGGCGGCAACGCGCACUUGUUGUCGACGAAGCACGACCCAUAUGAUAGGGAAGAGACGAAGCGUAUACGAAAAGCUGAGGGCUGGAUAUCGCCUCCUGGACUGGUCAAUGACGAGAUUGACAUCUCGCGGUCAUUCGGUUUCUUCCAUCUUCUUCCUGUGGUCAAUGCCCGGCCUGAUGUACAUUCGUUGGAGCUGAACGACUUGGACGAGUUUGUCAUCAUCGGGAAUCGGGGUCUCUGGGAUUACGUGUCUUAUCAGACGGCCAUUGACAUUGCUCGACGAGAACGAGGCGAUCCUAUGAUUGCGGCGCAGAAGCUGCGUGAUUUUGCCAUUAGUUAUGGAGCAGAAGGUAGUACCAUGAUCAUGGUUAUAUCUGUCGGUGACCUAUUCAAACUUCUCGAUUCGCGCUCUCGCCAGCCAACGCUUGAUCCAGCCGUUGAUCCAUUGCUUGUUGCUAAGCGUCUUCCGCGUCGACCUCGAGAUCAAAUCAUUGACCGAGACAUUAGCCGUCUGACGGCGGAGGUUCCUGCGCCCACUGGUCACGUCACUAUUGUUUUCACGGAUAUCAGGAAUUCCACACCUCUAUGGGACGUUAAUCCGGGAAUGCGGUCUGCAAUAACGAUGCAUAACAAGCUCCUUCGUCGUCAUCUGCGCUUCUGUGGUGGUUAUGAAGUGAAGACUGAGGGAGAUGCGUUUGUGAUCUGUUUCCAGACGGCCGUUUCUGCACUGUGGUGGUGCCUCACAAUCCAGCUGGCAUUGCUGCAGGAGGCUUGGCCGUUGGAGAUGCUGGAGUGUGAAGACGGAAAGCCAGUGUAUGAUGACCAGGAUCGUCUCGUUGCGCGGGGACUUUCUGUUCGCAUGGGCAUGCAUUCCGGUUCUCCGAUAUGUGAAGUUGAUCCUAUCACCCAUCGAAUGGACUACUUUGGCCCCAUGGUCAAUCGUUCAGCACGGAUUGAACAGAGUGCUCAGGGCGGGCAAAUUAUGUGUAGUGCAGAGGUUCUUAAGGAGCUGGAGAUGAGCAGGGUGAUGGAUCCUGAGGCGGACGUUGAUCCCACCGAUUCGCUUUAUGAGGCUCUGGAGGGUAUUCGCCGUAUGGGGAUGGUUGUCGUCCCUGUGGGAGAAGUGAAGCUAAAAGGCCUGGAGACGCCUCUGACCCUUUCUACAAUUUACCCUUCCGAGCUGGAAGGAAGGAAGCAGCUCCAAGCGAAACCUGCCUCCUCUAACCCUUCCGGUUCUCGUGUUCAGUUCAGCAUCAGUCAAAUGCGCGACCUUGGGAUGCUCUGCCUCCGCCUUGAGGCACUAGCGACCGGCCGUAUAUUCCGUAGGGUCGAGGAGGAACCAACGCCGGAAAGGAAGCAGAGUUCAGCUUCCAUCGAAGAUGCCGAAGAUGCCCCUCCCAAGUAUCUGUAUGGUGAUCCUGAUAUGCUUCUUCCAUCCAUGAACGACAGUAUGUCGGGGUCCGACCUAAUGUUGCUGUUGGACUCCAUGGCUGGGAGGAUUGAAAAUGCAUGCCGAGCUAUCAUGGUGCCACAAGUGGAGUCGCCAUCUGAUUCCCUGAAGGCUUCCUGGCGUGCGGCUUUAGCUGCUGAGGGUGGGUUUGAUGAAGAGAUGCUAAAUAUGAUAUUGGGUGUUUUAAAUGGUAUAUAGCUGUGUUUAUUGUUAUCUCGCUUUCUCAAUGCUCUGUACAUCAAGUAGACUUUCGAUUAAUGUAGUCUAGUUGCAGUCGACAUGUUUUAUUACUGGUAUUAUUACACUCAUGUAACAUUUUACGAGGACGGUUUUUUUUUUCGAGAUACAUAGAACUUGAAGAAUCGUGACGUCGCCAUGGAUACUGUGGCGCCCUGGCUUUUCUGCUGCGGGGAGUCUAACUUGGCUACUAAAAGUUACUAAACCACAGAUGCCUUACACUAAGCUCGAGACGAUUGACUACUGAAUUGGUGGCGUUAUAAUGUACCUGACCCGGAAGCGAAUCAGGUCACGCAAUUUUCUGAAAGUAAUUUAAGCCGGGUAAAUUCCAUUUGCAGGGAAUUGCCGGUGUGCUCUGAGACAAAC